AUGGCCGAGAAGCAGGACGAAGAGGACGUUCCGAUCCCUUCACAAGGCUUGACAUGUCCACUGUGUCUUGGUAUCUUCGACGAUGCAACCCUAUUGAUCUCUUGCGGACAUACCUUCUGUCGACCCUGUCUCAGGAAAUACGACCUAUCCCACCAGGAUCUUGAUCACAUGGUCUGCCCUCUCUGCAGGACAGUGACGAAGUUGUCCGCAAACCGGGUCGACGAUCUCCUCCCCAAUGUGACGGUCAACGGACUCGUGGACGAUCACCGUGCCAGAUCUGGCGAGACAAAUGUCAUCCUGGAAAUGUGGCAAGAGUGCACUGCCUGCAACCUCCAGGUGAGUGAUCUUCUCCAUCGAUGUAACGCGAAGAAAUCAGAAUUGGAGAAGAACAUUCAGACUUUGGAGACGCAUCAUCGUGAAGCACACACAGCUUUUCAGCUACUACGUGAAGAUGUCGGCCAAGCCUGUCGUACCAAGGUCAAGCAACUAGAAGACAACCGACGUGUACUUGUUGAAAAGAUCGAUUCUCUGGAGCGUAGUUUUGAUGAAGCCCUCAAUGGUCUGAUAACGAAAGAGCGACAGAUGAUCAAGAGCAUUUGUAGUUCGGUAGAUCUUGUUGGUUAUGCCAGACUGGGAUGUCUCGAGACGGACAGUCUGGUUGCUCAUACAUUCCUUUGCGAAGAGAUCGAUGGCUUGCUGAAAGAAGGUAAUGAUCAAACCUCUGCAGCAACCAUACGGGAGAAGGCAAAGAAGCAGAGGUUCAAUCCUGCAGAAGACACAAGUCUUGACCUUGGGAACAUCUCAGAAACAGAUGCUGAGGCUGCACUAGAUGACAUGCUGAAGGGGGUUAUCGAUGACACUUCUGCAGCAACCAUAGGGGAGGAAGUCCAGAAGAAGAGGUCCCAGUUUGCAGAAGAGGAUAUCCCGACAGGGAUAUCCGUUCCCGAAACACCGUCCAAAGUACACACGUUCAAUGUCAAGAGUGUCGAACAUAAUCAUGCCGACAACGACUUUCUUCACCUAACCUAUACAGUUAGUACUAUUGUGGUUGGAUGA